AUGCCCAACCUAAGCCAAAAUCUUAAUGGAAAAGGGAAACAAUCGGCCUGCCUGGACCUUGGUCUAGGGAUUGGGCUUCGCCCCAGAAAUCUUCUGAGCCGCUCUCUCCAGCGGAUCCGCCCCAGAAGAGGCUGGUUCCCUGUGUGGCCGCCUCUACCCCUGGCUGCGCUUGCUGCUUUGUCUUUCUUCACACCUUCUCCGGACAGCAGUGCAGAGAAGCAGGGGUCCCUGGGCUUGGAGACCGAGGCAGCGCCCCUUGGUGGGUGGCCCAGGUGGAAGCGGGGCAGGGAGCUCCUGGAGCCCGGCAACGUUCUCCUUUCACCCUCCCGGAGGGUCCCAGGCAUCUUUCUGGGUUCCACCGACCCCGCCACCCUUCACCAGACUGAAUCUCCAGCCCCGCGGGACCCGAUCCCAGCCGACGCCGUCCGAUCCGGAAUCCAGUGGGCAGAGCAGACCCGGGUGCGCACCUCACGGUCUCAAGCGCCCUCCGCAUCCAGCCGACCCGAACAGGAAAGUCGGCUCAGGGAGGUCGGGACGGCCUGGCUCUGCUCAGCUUGUGGCAGGCAGCCUCCUUCCCUGGGGCCGCCUCGGACGCCGCCGCCAGCAUUUUCCGGUGCCCCUACGGCCCCCCUGCACGGAGCGCCCACGUUGCCGGGGCCAGCCGGGCACACCAAUGCGCAUGCGCAAGCGGCGCGUCAGACACGUGAGCUCCCACCCGGGGCUCGCGUCACAGUCACAGCCCCCGUGGCCUGCGGAACCGCCUUAUCAGCGGCUGUGAAAACCACGGACCCUCCGUGGCAGUGCCUGGGCCUUGGGCAACAGCCUCCGUUUUCCCGAGAUCCUCGCCAGGGUCCCGCGAUUUCAGGAGUCGGCCAGGGCGGGACCAGGCUGAGAAAAGCCGCAGCGGAGUUCACGGAUGUCCAGGCCGAUCCCCAAGGAUCCCCACGAUGCUUCAGGCCUGCUCAGACGCUGUGGGGGGUGCGUGUCCUUGAAACCUGUCCCUGCAGGGAUUUCCAGUAUCCAGAACUUAGACUCAAGAUGGCGCUGUGAGAACAACCCAGGAUUGGAGCUUGCGUUGUGUCCGCGGAGAGCUUGCCUACUACACCAAAGAAGGCUUACUCCACCUGGCACCCUGGGGACCACCACGCUCCUCCCUGACACCCACUGCCUGCUAGAAAACUCUAAGAGCCAGAUGCCCCAGCUCCUGGACUGUGACAAGGUCAAGAGCAGCCUGUACAGGUGCUGGAACUUCAUCCAGGUAUUCAGCUGCCCAUAGAGUUCCUGCACCCUGAAAAGGCCCCCGCCCUUCUCUGGGAAACUGAGAGGUGUCUUCUGCAGCCUCUGAUGUGGACCUGGUAAUGAGGAGUGAGAUUGUCCAGUUCUCCACCUCAUUACUGGCAGAGUCCCCUCCUGCAUCUUGUCUCCUGCAGUGGCAGCUGCUCAACUCCAGCCAUCAACACAGUGGGAGGCAGCGGGGAAUUCAGCCAUGUCCUAACUCUUCACCCUAAAAGGAGGAAAAGGAGGAAGCAAGGACUGGCACUCAGUUUCCUCUGAGGUUGCUUCUUCCAAGAUGACACCUACCUGAUCACACCCGAAGGCAGCCACUGCCCCCAACUCUUUCCACCAGGGUGGCUUUGGGCACUGCAGCUCUGGACUCUUCUGGCCCCUCCUGUGAUGACCUAGAUGGAGCUGAUGCUUUCUCUCCUGGUCACGUGGGCACUAGGCUCAUAUCAAUGUGCUUAGGCCAGCUCUCCUGCCUCUGUCUAGAGGAAGCCAGAGACAGAAACAGACUAAGCCUGUAGGAUGGUCUAAGCCAUAAGAACCCUGCAGGAUGGAGCUGGGUCAAAGACCUGGGAGCCCUGAGUCACGGAGGCUGUCCCCAGGAAGCAGAAGGGACUCUUCAUCCAGAACCUAAAGGCUUCAGUGAAGGCUUCUGGGAACCUCAAAAAUGCUUUCAGCUCAUCUCAUUUCACCCCAUGCUCUGCUGGCUGGCAGAGGAGAAGGCAGUCGUUUCCUCUCUGAAGAGUAAUAAUUUUUUUUUUCGAUUGCCCUCUCGUUAGGGUGCACAUAUAAAUCAGAGUUAAUAUAUAAACACGUGUGCAUGCAUGACUGUGUGUGUGCCUGUGUGCUCCGUGUGACAGGGAGUGUGCGUGCAUGUCUGGCUGUGCGUUCCAAAGCAUGUGACAAUGCUGAUGUAGCUGUGUGGCCCUGGGCUUGCUGCUUCAUUGCUCAACUGGAUAGAAAUGAGGGGGAUGAGAAGAAUGAGUGGGGUGUGGGUUUGGCCCAUGUCUGGCCAGAAGCAUGUGACUCAGCCCUGCCCUGUGGAGACCCCUGCAGAAGGCUGCCCCAUCUCUCAGUCCCUGUCUCUUUCCCCAACACUGUCGCUGGUCAAGCACCACCCAGAGCUGAAUCUUGUAGCUUCCCCCUUGCCCUGUGUGGGAUUCAAAGAGUCUCAUUUGGUGACAUCUUAUGGGUGGUCAUCUCCUCACCCCAUCUUCCACCUUGUGAAAUAAAUACAUGUUAGCACUUCCCAGAUCAGCCUCCUUUGUGUCUUGAUU